AGCAUAAAAGGAGAAGAAAAAAGUGAUUGUUUACGCAACACGUAUGUUCCUGUUCUGAUGACACACGACACAGAAGGUGAAGUGUUAGGCACAGUUUAGACUAGUGGGUUGACUUGACUUACCUCCUUGUUUCUUCUUAAUCUCUUUCUUCCUAUGGAAUUCUGCGUUUAAUUUUCUUUUCCACCAGAAACGCGUUUCACAAUCAAGAGAAUUUCGCACAUCGUAACAACCCAAUUCAUCAUUUAAGGUAGGUAUGCGUCUCUGUCAUUUAACAUUUGUUAGACUUAGACUCUAUAAUUGAACAUCACUUGGCUUGGCAGAUUCACCAUUUAUGUGUUCUGUUGUGUGUGUAUGUAGCUCACACAUACAAUUGUAGUUCAGUCCAAUUCUUCACCAUCAAAUUAUGUUGUCACCUGAACCCUGUGAUCCGAACUUUCUGCUGUGUCUACCCGAUGAUGUGUUUGGCAUGGUGUCACGGUUCCUCUUGCCCAGAGAUGUUUGCAAUCUCAGCCUCUGCUGCAAGAGUCUCUAUGCUCUUUCAUCCUCUGAAAAAGUGUGGUUCCCUCAGUGUUACAUGGUGGGAGUGGUGCCCCAAAAAGACCUUGUUGAGUGGAGAGAGGGUGUCUCAUCUUACCAGGCACUUUGCCGUUUCCUUUUGAGUGUUAAACCAUUGCUUGGGAUAUGGGUUCAUCAGAACCCUGAGCUUGGUAACCUUGUCUAUGUCAUGCCUGGUUUUGUUUCGGUUGUCGGCUGCCGGAUAAUUCCUCAGGAGCUUGGUCCAUUAGGGAUUCAAGAUGGUCCUAUCCAAUGGUCAUCUGUGUUUGAGGUUAUUGGUGAUUUUGAUGGUUCAGCUACCUUUUUUCUCCAUGGAAGGGAAGAGGGGAUGGACUAUGUUUAUCGUGGCUCGGUCAAGUAUAUAGAUGAAUCUUGCAAUGUGCUGUUGCUUGAGGUUGAACCUAGGGAACAAAAUUAUGGUAUUAAUUUGUUGCAGAGUAGGAGCUUGGAUGACUCGGGUGGGACGGUAUCAGGAGAGGUUUGUAGGUCAAACAGGGAGCUUUCUAGGUUACAAAAGGUGGGUGGAAAUGAUGAGGAAAUGGUUCCCUUCAGCAAGUUAGCUUUUAGUGAUAGAAGAAAGUUGCUUGAGGUCACUAUCAGCCUAGUUCGACAAGAGGUUCCUAGUGUAGCCGCUGGACCGUUGUUUCCUAGGUUGAGAGAUGAUUGUGACAAUUUUCAGAAAGAUUUUGUGCUCUUGAAGGAAAGAAGAGAAGUCUUUUGUCAAAUGAACAACUUUGGUAAUGGUCAGAUUGACAAUGAGGAAAUUUCUCAAGGGACAGUUGGUCCGGUGCAAUUAGAGCUGGAUGACAUAAGAAAGAGUUGUAACUGGUCAAAGGAUAUCUCUGAUCUUCUGAGCAAGGAGGAUGGUCACACACAAUUCACCAAGAAAAAAAGUCUUGGUGGAUAUCUCUGGGGUAGCUUUAAACAGAUUGUUGGAAGAUCUAGUUCAAUAAACGAGAGUCAUGCAAUUUUCAAGAAGCUUACCACAAGACGUGAGAUAAAGCAUGCGCGGCUUGAAGACUUUCUUAGAUCAAGUGAUGCAAUAGAGCUAUCAUUAAAGGCAUCAACUGUAAAAUUAUCUUCUUAUCGAGCAUGGCCAAAUAUGCCUGAUACUUGGUUUGCACUUUACAAGAUGCCCUUGCAAGUUCCCUCAGCGGACCAAAUUUAUGCGGGUUUGUGGGGAGGAACUUUUGGUUGGCCUCCUGGAAAACCUUCUGAAGACAAGCCUGGAAAAGCUCUAUUCUUUCUUCUGCUCUCUUAUGAGGAGUCCCAGGAACAACAGCUUCUUAUUGCAACAAAAAUAUUGGAAGGCACUCACUAUGGCUUGCAUCCUAAUGGUUCAGCAAUGUUUAUAGUGGAUGUCAAUGAGCCUUCAUCUGAUCCCUUUCCCUGGGACAUCAAUAAAGACUCCUUGUCAGUGGAUAUCAAACAUGUUUUUACAGGAGAGGGUAUUUCAAAUGGAUAUGGGUUCAGAUACCCUGGAUCAAAGCCCGGUUCCCUCUUUGUAUUUCAAAAUGGUGUCCUUGCCUUUGUUUGGAAGGACACUAGGGCUGUCUUGACUUUGCAGAGACUUGACUUGCAAGAUCUUUUGAAGAAAGGAGAAAGAAUACCUUCUCUGCCUCCCAUCAACAAUUUUUCAUAUUUGACCAAGUCCUACUCAAAUGUGUUUACAGGCUUUCCUGGUGCUUCCACUUGGUCGCCUUCACCAAGGUAAAGACAACACUGGUAUAUUUUUUGUUUUGGCACUACAUGGAUUUUGUGCCCUAUUUCCUAUCAUAACAGUUUAACAAGAGGAUCAUAAACUUCUUGGCGGCUGUUGUUUAUUGCUGGAGUUGCAUUGCUGUUGGUUGUCACACAAUACACUUUUUGUUGUUGGUUUCUUGUUACUGCCCUUUUUUUAAGAUCAAAGAUAAAGUAAUAUUAGCUAUUUUUGUAGUAAAGUAUUAGCUUCUCUGCUACAGUUGUAUACGCAGUUGCUUGUUACACAAAUAUUAAAAACUAAUAUACAUCAAAAGAUCAUCCUAAUAAAGUUUUGAUCUACAUUUGAUAUAAA